AGACAACGGCGAGAGAGCCCUCUCCGCUGCGGGACGUGACAUGCGCGCGCGGUCCUUCAAGCACUCGCGAGAAGCGGAAUAGAAAUCAGAGGCAAGGAGGUCAAAGUACGUCGGCACCUUCAUCAAAUCACUCGGGCUAAAGAUGGCGAAUGUGGUGCUCGAGUUUAAGGCGUCUGCCGGAGACUCGGAGCCCCAGAAUCGCCCGGUGUUAAUCGUCGGCCAACUGGGCAACCUGCAGCAGCUGAACUGGACCCAAGUCAAGGGCAAGCUGCAGCCGGUCGUCACCAAAGAGGUAUGGCAGUCGGCGCUGGGCAUUCUGAACCCCAACCCCACAGACAGCUGCCCGCUGUACCUGAGCCAGGCUCUGGUGGCGUCCUUGCCCCCCCGUGUCAGUCGCCACAACAGCCCCUCCGCCGCACACUUCCUGUCCCGCCUGGUCCGCACAUGCCUGCCCGCCGGGAACACACGCUGCAUCCUGGUGGUGUGUGAGUGCUCGGAUGUGUUUGCGUCGGCGUGUGCCAUCGCGCGGGCCUUCCCCAUCUUCUCACGCCGCUCAUCAGCAUCGCGGCGUUCUGAAAAGAAACUGGUUACUGUGGAGUUCAUCACCCUUGGCAACAACAAUGGCCCUCUGGAUGCCAGCACCCUGGAGUGUCUGACCAACGCAGCUGAUGGGGUGCGGUUGGCUGCGCGCAUCGUGGACACACCAUGCAGUGAGAUGAACACCGACCACUUCCUGGAGGAAAUCCGUUCUGUAGGACAGGAGCUGGGCAUCCCUCCCACCAUCAUCCGUGGAGAGGAUCUUAAGCAGAAGGGCUUUGGAGGGAUCUAUGGAGUGGGGAAGGCAGCCGAGCACCCCCCUGCUCUGGCAGUGCUAAGCCACACCCCCUCAGGCGCCACUCAAACCAUUGCCUGGGUGGGGAAGGGCAUCGUCUACGACACGGGAGGCCUGAGCAUCAAGGGCAAGACCACCAUGCCAGGAAUGAAGAGGGAUUGUGGAGGAGCAGCAGCCAUCUUAGGAGCCUUUAAAGCUGCAGUGAAGCAGGGCUUUAAGGAUAACCUGCACGCUGUCUUCUGUCUGGCUGAGAAUGCUGUGGGUCCCACAGCCACCCGUCCUGAUGACAUCCACACACUGUACUCUGGAAAGACGGUGGAGAUAAACAACACUGAUGCAGAGGGUCGUCUGGUGCUGUCUGAUGGGGUGGUGUACGCCAGCAAGGACCUCACAGCUGACAUCAUACUGGACAUGGCUACUCUCACAGGAGCACAGGGCAUCUCCACGGGGAAGUACCACUGUGCGGUCAUGACCAAUAGCGAGAGGUGGGAGGCGGCCUGUGUGCGUGCAGGGCGGAGCAGCGGUGACCUGGCCCACCCCCUCGUCUACUGCCCCGAACUCCACUUCAGCGAGUUCACCUCUGCCGUCGCAGACAUGAAGAACUCUGUAGCAGACCGGGAGAAUGCUCAGAGUUCCUGUGCUGGCCUCUUCAUUGGUUCCCAUCUAGGGUUCGACUGGCCGGGGGUGUGGGUGCAUGUGGACAUCGCCUCCCCUGUCCAUGCUGGGGAGCGUGCGACUGGCUUUGGUGUGGCUCUCUUGUUGUCUCUGUUUGGUCAGGCCUCUGAGGACCCCAUGCUGAACAUGGUCUCACCACUGGGGGGCGCCAGCGACACCAGCUCCGCCGAUUCCAUGGAGCGCGACUGCAAGAGGAGGCGGCUGGUGUAGAGAUACACACACCAGGCCUGUGUCCAGUAUCAGAGUAAACACACACCUGUCUCUGGCCUUGUUACACACAGAACCCCCUCCUACACACACACUUUUUCACUCAGCCUACUACAGGGCCCUGUCCUGUACCAGUGAAUUUAAUCAUGUCAGGACACACACACACACACACACACACACACACACACUCACUCACACUCACUCUCUCUCACACACACACACACACACACACCCUCGGCCUGUCAUGCCAACCUCGUGAUUGUGGUGAAUACGCCCUGAGCUGUACAUGUGAUUAAAGCUGGAUGCUAUCAGUGCAAA